AAACUAAACUUUCAUUGGUUGAGAUUGAUGUAGCAAAAUAGGCAUCUUUUAAUGUGAGAAGAGAAGAGAAAUGACAAACUUCUCUUCAUCACCGGGCUUUCUCCUCCACAAACAAGAAAAACCAGCCACAAAAACCCUAGGAGGAGAAUAUGAAAGGGAAGCUGAUGAUGAAGAGAAGGCCCGGCACGAGUGGGAUUUCCGGCUCUCCACCGUGGUUUCUAAUUCCCCGUCGGCCGGAGCCGUUUCCGACGUCCUUGGGGUUUUAUCUUUCGACCCUUCUGAUACAUUGUUGGCCACCGGCGGGAUAGCAAGGAAGAUCAGAGUGUACAGCGCUGAGUCCUUGUUGUUGGACUCUGAGAACGACGCCGUUUUGCUGGAUCAUGCUGUCGCGUGUGGGCUUUGUAUCUGCACGCCCGCGAAGCUCAGCAGUUUGAGGUGGAAGCCCGGGUGGGGGAACCGGGUAAUCGGGUCGGGCGACUACGACGGGGUCGUGACGGAAUAUGACCUGGAGACGAGCGUGGCGGUGUUCGAGCGUGACGAGCACGGCGGGCGGCGCGUUUGGAGCAUGGAUUACUCGCAUUGGGAUCCGGCGGUGGGCGCGUCGGGGUCCGACGACGGCACCAUGCAGACGUGGGACCCGCGCUGCCCCGACGGGAAAUGCCUCGGCUCGGUGCGGCCCAGCCCGGCCCGCAGCCCCGUUUGCUGCGUCGAGUUCAGCCCGUUCCGCGGCCCGAUCCUCGCCGCGGGCUGCGCGGACUCAAACCUCUACGCCUACGACGCCCGAAUGAUGCCCGCCCCGCUCUUCGUCCUCGACGGCCACCUCAACGCCGUCACCUACGUCAGAUUCCUCGACCACCGCACCGCCGUAACCGCCGCCGUAGACGGCAGUUUAAAAACGUGGGACACCGACGAACGCCGCCUUGUACGGUCGUACAAAGGCCACGUAAACACCAAAAGAUUCGUGGGUUUAUCCGCGUGGACCACCGGAGGGCUGCUGUGUUGUGGCUCGGAAAAUAACCAAGUUUUCGUGUACGACAAGAGGUGGGGCCAGCCCAUUUGGGCCCACAGUUGGGAUCGCAGCGGCGGCAGUGACGGCGGGUUCAUUGGCAGCGUCUGCUGGAUGCAAAGAGGAUACGAUGACAAGUGCACACUUGUCGCCGGAGGCUCCGACGGGGUUCUGAAGGUUUUUAAUGGCAGAAGAAUUGAAGAUCGGAGCUAGCGAGCCGAUCGGAAAAUGACGACAGAGCUACACCGGCGGCAAGUAAAAAACUUUCACGUAACUUUAUUCAGUGUGAUUUAUCCAAAGGAAAAAAUUUUAUGAGCUUUAUAUACAAACUACAAAGCACUCCGUAUAAGUUUUAUUCCUUUUGACGACAUUAUUGUUUGGUGUAACAUUCUUAUAUAAAUAUAUUUUAAAGUUAAAUCCAUUUUUAUCCUA